AUGGAAAUCAUUGAAUUGAAAGAGGAAGAAGCUUAUCGUAUAUCAGACCCAACUGAUAUCGUCUAAGUGACCCUGAUAGAAGGAGCUGUUGAAAUCUUUGGUUAAGAAUUAUUGAUGGUAGAAUUUAUAAAUUAAAAUGAUUAGAAAAAAUUAUAUGAAUUCCCUCCACAUAAACCAUUUUCUUUAUUCUGUUGGGUUCCAUCAAAAUUAAAGAUUAAAUAUAAGACUAAAGAGGAUUAGCCAGGAUAUAUCUUUAAUGAAGAAGAAUUAAAUUAUCAUAAAAUGAUGCAUGAUUUUCUUAAAAUAAACCAUGUUUUAGAAUGUAAAAUAGUCAUUUUAUUUUAAGCUUAAAGACAAAUGUCUUUUAAGUUAACUGAUAAAAUUGGUCCAAGAUUGUUAGUCUUAGGUAGUCAUUCUUGUGGGAAAAGUAAUAAUUAAGAUUUAUUAUAGAUACUUUAUGCAAGACUCUCAUCAAUUAUAGUUUAGUUUAUGGUUGGAAACCAAUCUAUGUAGAUAUUGAUCCAGAUAAUCAAUAAAGUGAAUAUCCUCAUUCGAUAAGAGCUGAAGUUCAAACAUGUGUAAAAGAAUAAAUGUAGAAAAACAGAGUUACCUAUUAUUUUGGAUAUUAAUGUACAUGAAUAUUUAAGAAUGAAAAGAUAAGGAUAUCGUAAGAGAUAUUUCAAAAAGAAUGUUAUUUGAUAGAUUAACAGAGGAAUUAAGUGUGUAAGUAGAUAGAAAAUUGCAGGCAGAUCUUGAAAGAGCAAAGGAAUAAAAAGUUUAAAUGUUGAAUUAAUUGGGAAAAGUUAAAGAUUGUAUUAUUCAUAAAUAUUCUAAUAGAGAAAUUAUGUGAAUUAAUUUAUAUGAAAUCUUAAGAAGAUAAAGAUGAAAAGGAAAUUUAUGCAAGUGGGAUUUUUGUAAAUUGUCCAAAUUUCUUAGGCUUGCAUAAUUAAAUAAUAGAGUAGAUUAAAUUUUUAAUUGAAAAAUUAAAAAUUACUAUGGUUAUAGUAAUAGAUAAACCAGAUAUUUACAGAGAUCUUGAUAAAAUGUAAGAUAUCAUUGUUUACAAAAUGGAAAAAUUAAAAGGAGUUGUUGAUUCCUAUAAUCUUAAAGAAUUAGAAUCAUUAAAUUAUACUUCUUUCUAGAGUAGUCAAUCUAUACCUGAGAAUUAAUUAGAACUAUAUUAAAUGUAAGUGAGAGAAGAUAAAUAAAUAAUGUUUGAGAAAACAAAAUCUACUAAUAUAGUUAAACUAACGAUUGCAGUUCUUCAUCUCAAAAAAACAUAGCUCGAAGAAUCUAAUUCUGAAUUAAAUUCAAAAUUAAUUUUAUAAGCUCCAUUAGCAUUCUUAGCAUAUGUUGAUAACUUUGAUAAAGACAAAGGUUAUUUAAUUUAAAUACCAAAUGACAAUUGCCGUCAAACAUUAUAAAAUAACGUUUGUAUUAUAGGAAGAUGA